CGAAUGAUACAGAUGUUGAAAGAUGCCAGGAAGAGCUUGCGCAAAAAAAUUGCGCAGCGAAGAACAGAAGUGGAGGCAGAUGCGUUAGGCAAUUUGAUAAGUCCGGAAGAAAUCAAUCAGUUUUUAAAAUCUGACUUCGUGGCGUCUGUAGAGGACGAGAUUCGGAAAGCCUCACAUAUCAAUUGUACAAUGGAGUUAUUUAUCAAGGUUCGGGACUACGUGAUUUUCCGGAUCAUUAUAGCAAAUGGCCAGAAGGCAGGAGCCGUCCUAUCCAUAACGCACGACGUUAUUCAAAAACGACAGCUAAGAGAGGAGGGAUAUGUCACGCUGACUGUGAGUUAUCCACACACACGCUUGCAUCCAAAGUUGCACUCAUACACAUAA